AUGGCAGAAAAAUGCUUGAUAGAGACAUCUAUCAAUUCGAUUCGUGUUAAGCAGGCUGAUGAGCUUGAAAACAUUCAGGCAAAAAAGUUGCCCAGGUUUUUGUCAAUGAAGGCAGAUGCAUUCCAAGUUCUCAGAAGAAAGGCAGUGCAGGGUUAUGAUCUUAGUUUUCUCAUCAUAAACUGCCACUAUGAAGAUAUGCAAAAGCACAAGCUUAUAGAUGUCAUUGUGCAAUCUCUGGACAUUGACAAAGAGAUCACUGAGUUAAAGCUAUCAGUAAACACAAGAGGCCGGCUUGUGGCAACUGAGUUUCUGAAGCAGUUCGUCUGA